AUGUUUUUUCUCGGAUUUCUGGAUAUGUUUUCUGUGUUUGUGAACUCAAUUAUGACUGGAUAUUUGGCCAUAAGAGGAGCGGUGUUUUGUACUAAUCCACUUCUUCUACUGUCAUUAGGAGCGUUUGGAUGUGGUUGUUGGUGCGCUUGCUGCAUGACAUGCAUACUUCUAGCUCUCAGCAGAUGUGCCGAUUUUUCAGAAAAUCGUUUUUUGAAGAUGAUUUUUGAGGGAUAUCGUGUAUAUUUUCUGAUGUUUAUCACAGUUCUCUACCUAUUGUUCAUCAUGUUUCUUACUACACCUGCGUCAUUCAACUCGAACUAUGUGUCCUGGUUUUUUAAUCCUAUGAUUGGGCACGAGCCAGUUAACUACAUCAACGUCUACCAUGCCAUUAAUAAUGUCAUUGUCUCGAUAACAACCACACUUUUAUAUGCUUACCUAUGUGUAAAAUUACAUCUGAAGUCGAGGGCCGCAACUAGUAAACUUGGUAGAUUCCAGAAGCAGGUCUUCAUUCAAUCUUUUCUUAUAUGUCUUACUAAUGUAGUGGCUGCAUAUAUUUAUGUUUACAUGCAGUACUUCGCUCCAUCUAAAUUUUUGGUUAUUGUUGGACAAACUGCUUGGCAACUUAGCGCAGGUUUGGUUUGCAUCAUCUAUCUCAUUGUGAACCACUCCAUCCGUCGUGGUGUGAUCGAGUUAGUGGUGCCAGCGAGGUGGGAGAGGCAGCUGAAGAAAGCUCUCGUCCCAAGUAGUCGCACUCCAAGUGGUUUUGCUGUUGAUCCUUUGUCGGCUACGCUGACCACACAACCUCUCACUUGA